GACGAUGCCGCGCACUGUGAUUUUUCGUGAAUGCCGUUCCAGCAUCGGUAGCUCCAAGUUCGCUUCCAGCAUCGGCCGCAUGUUGACGCUCACUCCGCGCGAACCCCAUGCCUAGCGACAAUGACUGAUCGCCUUACCCAGCUACAGGAUGCUGUCGACCAGCUGGCCCAGCAAUUCGUUGCUGCGGUGCACUUUGUCCACAAGCGGCACGACUACCAGACGCUGGGACCAAAUGACAAGGUCCGCGAGGUUAAGCCCGAGGAGAUGCAGCAGACUAUUGAUCCGCUUCCAGCCGAGGACUUCCAGGCCGGCCUGAGCGAACUGUCGCGCGACCUUAUCACGAAGGAACAGCAGAUCGAGUACCUUAUAUCCAUGCUUCCCGGCUUGCAAAACAGCGAAGAAGACCAGGAAAAGUCCAUCAAGGAACUGGAGGAGGACCUCAAGGCCGCCGAGGCACAGAGGCUGGAGGCGCUCAAGGAGAAGGAUGAGAUCCUCGCAGAACUGGACCGGGUCAUACAGAGCAUCCACAGGCCAUGAGCAGCCACGAACGGCUCGUAUUUUGCAUUUUUCACAGCGAGGCGUUUGGCAGGGCAUAGUACUGGAGGGGGUCAGGGUGCACAUCUUUGACCGAACGAUCAGAUACCCACAAUACGACGCGUUAUCGAAUGAU